AUGGGAACUGUUGGGGCGAUUGUUGUACUGCUUAUAUUGCUUAUUUCGGCUGCCGUUACUUUGGUUAUCAUCCUGGUUACUGUUCCAUCUGAUGACGAUGAACUUUCGCGGACAACAUGGGACUAUACGGACACCAGUGACACUACUGAACGUCUAACACAUCAACAGCCGCAGCAUCAGGGACAGCAGCAUCAACAACAACAGCAGCAACAACGAGAUCGUCAAGGUGCUAUCGGUGAUCGCCCCUUAAUUUUUAAGCCAUUAACAGUAACAGAAUCGUCACAGUCAACACCAUCAGAACCGACAGCUGACAGGAGCGGCAACAGAAGCCUGCAAAAUCCUUUCAUUUCGUCUGCACCAAAGGAUGCUAUCGUCAGAAAAAUCCCAGUUCGUUUAAAUGCUACAGGAAAGUUGAGGAGUGGAGUAUCGCAUAUGCGUGAAACGCUGCAUACCAAUCUUCGUAUGUACGAGCGACCAACAACAUUUCAACCAUUUCAGUUCAACGAUGACCAUUUAUUUGAAACUCAAAAACCACCACUGUCGUCGACAACUGACAAUGAUUUUGAGGAUGAAUCCACGGAACAAUCAGAUCGUUAUAUACCGGCAAUAAAACUUAAUUUACUACGUGAAUUACCGCUACAAAAAAGUAGUAAAAUUACUGGAAUGAUUAUUCAUAAUGGUUUACUGUAUAUUGCAUAUCUGCAGGGUAGAAUUCAGGUUAUUGAUCCGGUUACCGGAGAACAAGUGAGUGAUUCGUUUGAUCUAUGCUCAUCAGAACUGUCAUAUUGA